AUGAAUACCGGACGACAAAGUCAUACGGCAUCUACAUUAGCAAAUGGAUCAGUAUUAGUUGCAGCUGGAUAUUACAAUGGUAUUAUCACUAGUGCUGAAUUGUACAAUCCAUUAACAGGCACUUGGACAACUACAGGAAGCAUGAGUGUCGCACGACAAUAUCACAUAGCAUCCAUGUUAGCAAAUGGAUCAGUAUUAGUUACUGGUGGAAAUGCCGGUGGCUCUAUAAAUAGUGCUGAAUUGUAUAACCCAUCAACAGGUAACUGGACAACUACAGGAAACAUGAAUGCCGCACGAUGUUUUCACACAGCAUCUAUAUUAGCAAAUGGAAAAGUAUUAGCUACUGCUGGAUUGUUGGGUAGUAGCACUGCUUUGAAUAGUGCUGAAUUGUACAAUCCAUCAACAGGUACUUGGAUAGCUACAGGAAGUAUGAAUACUGCACGAUAUUAUCACACAGCAACCACAUUAGCAAAUGGAUCAAUAUUAGUUGCUGGUGGAAGUAGUGGUAGUGUUUCUCUGAAUAGUGCUGAAUUGUACAAUCCAUUAGCAGGCACUUGGACAACUACAGGAAGCAUGAAUGCCGCACGACAAUAUCAAACAGCAUCCAUAUUAGUCAAUGGAUUAGUAUUAGUUACUGGUGGAAACAGUGGUGCUACUACUGUGAAUAGUGCUGAAUUGUACAAUCCAUUAACAGGCACUUGGACAACUACAGGAAGCAUGAGUGUCGCACGAUAUUAUCACACAGCAUCCACAUUAGCAAAUGGAUUAGUAUUAGUUACUGGUGGAUAUAACAGUGGUGGUAAUUAUUUCAAUAGUGCUGAAUUGUACAAUCCAUCAACAGGUACUUGGACAUCUACAGCAAACAUGAACGCCGCCCGAGAAUCUCACACAGUAUCCAUAUUAACAAAUGGAAAAGUAUUAGUUGCUGGUGGAGGCAACAGUGGUCCUGGUGAACUCAACAGUGCUGAACUUUAUUAA